GGAGAUUUGCCCAACAUAUGCAGAGAUGUUAGAGGAGGCAAAGUACAACUCAAGGUGGUGCCAAUCUUUGAUGGCUGGUCCUAACAUUUACCAAGUUAGUAGUGGAGAUAACACCUACUCAGUGAACUUGCUGCACAGAACAUGUGGAUGUAGGAAAUGGGAUAUGACUGCUAUGCCUUGCAAUCAUGCAGUCUCUGCAAUUGUGAAAGCUAAGUUGCAACCUGAAGACUUUGUUGAUGAUUUCUUCAAGAAGCCAAUGUACAAGAAAGCAUAUGAGCAUAUCAUAUUUCCUGUCCCUGGUCCAAAUCUGUGGCCAAGGACAAGAACUCAGGACAUAGAGCCUCCAGUUUCCAGAGACAAAGUUGGGAAGCAACAAACAAAGAGGAGGAAAAACCAAUUUGAGAAGCCAGCACCAAGAGAUACAUCUAGAAUGGCAUCCAUUACUUGUAGCAACUACAAACUUGUAGGGCACAGAUACACUGUGUGCUCCAAGCCCUUGAAACCAGCUCUUGCUAUGAGACAAAACCAGCAUCAGCCAAACAGGUCACAUGCUUCUGCUUCAUCUACAGCUGCUGCACCAACAAGGAAGAGGCCAUCUCCAUGUACAGCAGAUGUUGGGACUGCUCCUCCCAGGAAGAAAGUUGCACCUGCUGCAACUACACCUACUGCUCCUCCAAGGAGGAGAGCUGCACCUGCUGCUACUGCACCUACUGCUCCUCCCAGGAGGUCUCCCAGGAAGAAUGCUACCCCAGCACCUACUGCUCCUCCAAGGAGGUCUCCCAGGAAGAAAACUACCCCAACUGGUACAUCUUCUACAUCUGCUCUGCAGGCCAUAGGGGAACAUUUCAUGCUCCAAGACAGACUGGAAGGAAGAGGACAGUUUCCUACAAGAUGA